CGCGCCUGCUCCAGGGCUGAGGACAAGAACUCGCACUGUGAGCGUCUAUAGCCAGUCUAACGCAGCUCCCCGCCGGGCGGCCCUCAACUUGGCUAGAUGCUAACUUCUAUCAACUGGUUCUUCCAACCGGACGGAGAGUAAGGGAUUGGAACGUCGGGGUCCCAGCACUAGGUUCCCGGAGCUCGAAGCUACCCACUGAAAGCCAGCGUUCGCUACCUGUUCCCUUGCUUCUCUGGAUCCCACGUCCAACCUUCGCCCUCGGUUGCAGAGUGUGGGGAAAAGAUUUGGGGCACAGCUCAAAAUUCUAAAGAACCGGAGCCCGAGGACAGGAAGACCACAGCUAUUCUCCCUCGCCCCCUUCGGAGCCGCCACGUCCCUUCAUGCACCCUUUUUGCGUCCCUGAGAGAACAGGUUGGAGUAACAGGGAUCUCGGGAUCUUGUGCGGAGAUGGUGAGGGUCAGAGAAGCGCCUUCUGCCUUAGAAUUUAUGAGUGUGGAGGGAAAGAAAGAAAAGGUUCUUCAGCGAUAAAGAACACUUGUUGCAAACUAAAGAGCGGCGUGCCAGAGUCUAGGUGAGAGGAGGGGCUGAGGCCUCUGUGCCACGAAGAGUAUUCCAUUCAACAUUAUCCUACAUGGUACAACUUUACAGUACUAAAAAUGAAAAUAGUGGGGCAAAAUAGUUUUCCUGGACUGAGAGCCCAAGUCCCGAGAUUUCACAUCGUGCGUUUUUAAAGCCGCCACCUCCGGCUGCGGCGUGGGAAAAGUUCCCGUGGCGCUUCGGCUGGGACUACAAAGCCGCCAGUUCUCAUGCAGGAGGAAAACGCAUCGCGAGAGGAUGCGGGAGCCCCGCCCCGGGAGAGAGCCCGCCUUCGGAGGGGUCCGGAACCACGCGGCCUGGUCCGGAAGUGCUGCUGACUAGGCGCUCUUGGGCGGAAGCAUGGCGGCUCACCGUUCUGGACCCCUCAAGCAACAUAAUAAAGCUCAUAAAGGCUGGCGGCAUCGAGGUCGAGGAUCCGCACAGCGGGAUGGCAAGGGCCAUAUUGAACUGAAAGUCCUGUGCAAGAAGGUGAGAAAGGAGCUCAGCAGAGUAGACCAGAGGCACCGCGCCAGCCAGCUCCGAAAACAGAAAAAGGAGGCGGUUCUUGCAGAGAAGAGACAGCUAGGCAGCAAAGAUGGGGCUCCUCAUCAGGUGCUGGUGGUGCCUUUGCAUAACAGAAUUUCCUUGCCUGAAGCCCUUCGCCUGCUGCAGGAUAGGGACACGGGAACUGUGCACCUGCAGGAAUGGGAGAACACCCAUCGCUUUGUGCUGCUGUGCCCCCGUUUGAAACAUCGGUGGUUUUUUACAUCUGCAAAACCCGGGGAUCUGCACACAGUGUUAGACAUGGCUAAAGUUGCUGAUACCAUCCUGUUUCUCCUUGAUCCACUGGAAGGCUGGGACAGCACUGGGGAUUACUGUCUCUCCUGCCUCUUUGCUCAGGGACUUCCCACCUAUACACUAGCUGUCCAAGGGGUUUCUGGCCUCCCACCAAAGAAGCAAUUAGAUUCCAGAAAGAAGCUAAGUAAAGUUGUGGAAAAGCGCUUUCCUAAUGACAAACUCUUCCUGUUAGACUCUCAACAGGAGGCAGGGAUGCUACUUAGACAGUUGGCUAACCAAAAGCAACGACAUCUUGCUUUUCGAGAUCGGCGGGCCUACUUAUUUGCUUAUGCUGUUGACUUUGUGCCUAGUGAAGAGAGUAACUUGGUGGGCACCUUGAAAAUCUCAGGCUAUGUUCGUGGGCAGACACUGAACGUAAAUAGUUUGCUGCAUAUCAUUGGAUAUGGUGACUUUCAAAUGAAACAGAUAGAUGCCCCCUUGGACCCUUUCCCUUUAAACCCUAGAGUGAUUAAAUCUCAGAAGGACCCAGGCAUAGGAAUGGAGAUUUGUGCUACAGAAGUUGUAGCUGAUAUGGAAGAAGAUCUCAAGGUCUUAAUGAAGGCAGACCCUGGCAGACAGGAGUCUUUGCAAACAGAGGUUAUCCCAGACCCAAUGGAUGGAGAGCAAACGUGGCCCACUGAGGAGGAGCUGAGUGAGGCAAAGGACUUGAAGGAAAGCUCCAAGCUGGUGAAGAAGGUCCCCAAAGGAACAUCCAGUUACCAAGCUGAAUGGAUUUUAGAUGAAGGUGGUGAAAGUUCUGGGGAAGGAGAUGACUAUGAUGAUACAGAACAUGAGAAUUUUAUGGAAGAGGAGUCUCAGGAUGAGAGUAGUGAAGAGGAGGAAGAUUGUGAAACUAUGACAAUAGGGGAGUCUGUGCGUGAUGAUCUGUAUGAUGAGAAAAUGGAUGAAGAGGCUGAGGAAAAAAUGUUAGAAAAAUACAAACAAGAAAGACUAGAAGAGAUGUUUCCAGAUGAAAUGGACACACCCCGUGAUGUGGCUGCUAGAAUUCGAUUUCAGAAAUACAGAGGCCUCAAGAGCUUUCGGACAUCUCCAUGGGAUCCUAAGGAAAACCUGCCUCGAGAUUAUGCUCGUAUCUUUCAGUUUCAGAACUUUACUAAUUCCAGGAGACGUGUCUUUAAAGAGAUUGAGGAAAAAGAGGCUGAAGGAGCUGAGGUUGGCUGGUACGUCACACUUCAUGUCUCGGAAGUCCCUGUCUCAGUGGUUGGGGACUUCAGGCAAGGAACACCCUUGAUUGUAUUUUCUUUGCUACCUCAUGAACAGAAGAUGUCAGUAUUGAACAUGGUGGUGAGCCGGAGCCCUGGCAAUACUGAGCCUGUGAAAGCCAAAGAGGAACUGAUCUUCCACUGUGGAUUCAGACGCUUCCGAGCCUCACCUUUAUUCUCUCAGCACACUGCGGCAGAUAAACACAAAUUUCAGAGAUUUCUGACUGCUGAUGCGGCCUUCGUGGCAACAGUAUAUGCACCAAUUACUUUUCCUCCUGCAUCUGUGCUGCUUUUCAAGCAGAAAAGCAAUGGAAUGCACAGCCUUAUUGCUACAGGGCAUCUGUUGUCAGUGGAUCCGGACAGAAUGGUCAUCAAGAGAGUUGUUCUGAGUGGUCAUCCUUUCAAAAUUUUUACUAAGAUGGCAGUUGUGCGUUACAUGUUCUUUAGUAGAGAGGAUGUCCUGUGGUUUAAACCAGUGGAACUAAGGACAAAGUGGGGCCGUAGGGGACACAUCAAGGAGCCGUUAGGUACCCAUGGCCACAUGAAAUGUACAUUUGAUGGGAAACUAAAAUCUCAGGACACAGUACUGAUGAACCUCUAUAAACGAGUUUUCCCUAAAUGGACUUAUGAUCCAUAUGUACCAGAACCAGUACCUUGGGUGAAAAGUGAGAUUUCUUCAACAAUGCCUGAAGUGGACAUGGAAUAAUGGAUUCUGCCUUAUUGCUGCCCGCUAGCACUUCCAGGAUGGGCGCCUAUAGGAUGUAAUGGGGCAGUUUGUAGUUUCUGUGUUAUCCUAUCAUUUGGCUGCCCUGUUUACAGAAGACUUUUUUUUUUUUUACCUAACAAAUAUCUCAGUUAAGUAUGGAAGUUUUUCUACUACAACGUAGUUUAAAAAAACCUAUUAGGCCGGAGAUUUAGCUCAGUAGUUCUGCUGCCUUCCUGGCAAGCACAAAGACCUGAGUUCGAUCCCCAUUGCCGAAAAAAACAAAACAAAACAAAAAAACAAAAAACCUGUUAAAUCUUACUGAAAUAUAUAUUCUCGUUAACAUUUUGGAAACUAAGAACGGAAUGUGGAAAACAAUUUCAUGUAUCUAGAGACAAUCAUAUCUCUUCAUUUUACAUAAAUGAAUGGCUAAUAAGGACCUGGUCUUUCAGCUGGCUUCACCCAAGUUAGGGAGGUUAAAUCUACAUUUCCACCACUUAGAACAAUACAAAUGUUCUUUACUUCUGGAGAAACUGUUUGAAAGUUGUGAGACAGCACAGCAGCCACUCCAACUCCAGCUGUAGGUUCAAUGAGUAGUUUCAUCCUCUCCCACACAAGCUGGGUUGCAUACUGUUGGUACAAAAGGAAAAAUGGAUAAGAAGUAAGGGAAGGACAAGAGUCUAGUAGGUUCAAUUCUAAAGGCCCAUAAAGAACAUAUGCUCAGUCUGGCUUUUUCAUGUUGCUAUGUAUGUAUGCUUGCCAAUGAAGCACACAUACAGCUUUCACCCUACCUAAGACUUUCAAAAGGUUUGUCGUAAUACAUAUAGGGCACUCUCCCGCAUGUGAUGAAGUCACCUAGUUAAAGCCCUGUGGAUCAGUUCUUUCUCUUAACAGAAGGAACUGUAUUAAGGAACUUUUUUUUUUUGCCUUAGUGACUGCACUAUUUUUACUUCUAUUCCUGUUGGAGUCUUUACCUUAAUUUCAUCCUCUGUAACAGUGAAGACAUCAUCCACAAGGUCCCUUAUGAUAGGCCAGGUGUUUGUGCCAAUGCUGGAUUUGACACCAUCUGCUACAGUUUCUGGAGUAUAAGUAUUGGGGGUCAAUUCCCCUUUCAGUUUGGACUGGUAGCAGUCAUCUGCAUUCAGGGGUUCAGCAGCAUAUACCUUUACAGUAGGUUUCAGAGCCUGAGAAGAGUAAUAUUAAACACAUUACAACUAACCAUUGCUAUGUGAUACCUUAAAUAGAUAAUACCUCUCUACUUGUGUCUUCUCUUUGACAGAUGUAACAAAAAUAUGACCUUCAAGCACUUUAUAAAAUAAAUUGUAUGUUUAAUACCGGCUUUAGUUGUAUCACAACUGGUUCUGAUAAUUGAGGAAGGGUAGUUCCUAUCGUGGAUAAUAGUUUGGUGAAAUGGAUUUGGGAGAAACUGAAGGUAUCAUUCAAUGUUAAUGACACUGUAAAGUCAUGGAUGGAGAAGAGUAGUAAAGCACAGAGGGCUCUGCAUCUCAGGUUCCAAGAGAUGAUGGGAAAGAAUGGCAGUUUGAGGGAUGCUGAGCAAGUAUCCACAGUGCACCAUGAUGUAAAUAUAUCCUCUGUGCCUAAAGCAGGAAGUCUGUCAGAAGCUGUUUUCUCACCUUAACUGUAACUGCUAUUCCAGCAACCAUUCCUCCUCCCCCUACAGGUACCACCAGUGCAUCCACCAAGGGAACCUUUAGUAAAAAUACAAAUAGGUGAAUUAGUAAACCUAAUAUCUACACAUAAAAUAGUUGAACCUAUAGCCAAACAGCUUUACCAGUAGUUAAAGGAAUAGGAAGAACUAAUUAGGCUGUUUUACCUGGUUCAGCACUUCUAGGGCAAUUGUCCCUUGCCCAGCUAUUACUGCAGGCUCUUGGUUGGGAUGUACCAGGAUCCCUUCUGUUUCUUCCAUAAUUCUUUUUGUAACCUUUUCUCUAGACUAAGAGUACAGAAACUUAAUUUGCAUUUAGUAUUCUAAAAAAGUUUCAGUCAUUUAACAGUUUAUUGACCAUUUGCUUUUUGUCAGACUUUUAGUCACUGGAUAGAUAAGGCAGUAAACAAAAUAUAUCUAUCCUGUUCUCAAGAGGAUUAUUCUUAUAUUUCUGGUACUGGGGAUCAAACUCAGGUCCUUGUACAACCACUGAACUAAAUCCCUGGCCCAUGAGGGUUAUAUUCUUAGAAGUGGGAUAUAAGUAAAUGUGUGGUGUAUGUCUAAAUAGUGAGUAUAGUAGAGGCUGACCAAGAAGGGCCUCUUGUAAGUCAACAAAUUACAGAAUGAACAACUAUUGUGGAUUCUGCAGAAUAUUCCAAAGAGGUGAUAACAGCAAGUGCUAAGACUGCAAGGUAGGAGUGGUUAACCUUUUGGAGGAGCUGAUUAAGUGCUGACUGGCAUGGAGUGUUUGAGGACAAUAAUUGUUAGGUCAGAAAGCUGGAAAUGGGCAUCUAGGACUUAGAUAAUUCAAGAACUUUGGUUUGGUGGGGGCUGUAGCUUAGUGGGAAGAAUAUGCAGGACCCUGGGUUUAGUCCCAAAUCAAAUCAUGCAACACCAAAUAAAAAUCCUAAGGGUGUGGUGGCACAUCCUUGUAAUCCUAGCCCUCAGGAGGCUGAGGCAGGACCAUGAAUUUGAGGCCAGCCUGGGCUACAUAGCAAGACCUUAUCUCAAAAAACAAAUUCUGGUUUUCACUGUGUAUGAGGUAGGAAGUGAAGAGAGGAUUUGAUUUGCAAGAGAAGAGUUCUGACUUACUAAAUGGGUAGCUCUGAUUGUUCUUGAAAACAAGCUACAGGCUAAAGGGUGAGGGUGAAAGCAAAAACCAUUUAGGUUACUAAAUCUACGUGAAGAAUGAAGCUGGUGUGAAUCAAGGUGGAAAUGGUAGAAGCUGUUAACAGUAGAUGGAUUAUGGACAUAUUUUGAAAGUAGGACAGAUUUGGGUGUGAGGUGUGAGAGUUACCAAAAAAUCUUUGCUUGAGCAACUAGGAUAAAUACUGCCAUGUACUGAGAUGAGGAAGACUUUGGAAGGGGAGCAGGUGGGGAGUAAGAUCAGGAGUUUGUUUUUCGACAUAAUAGCUUUGGGAGUCCUCUGAAUAUGACCAAGUAGGAAAGUUCAUUAGCUGUUAAGCAAGUAUGGGGGUAAGGGGAGAGACCAGGACUGGGAUUGAGUAUAGGUGUUACUUUAAACUAAAAUUAAUGAGGUCAUCUCGAGUGAAUGCAAAAAAGUUGGGUAUGCUAACGAGUGAAGAGAAAACAGCCUGAGAAGGGUCCAGUGAGGUAGGAAGCACACAGUUGGUCAGAUGAAGCUGUUAAGAGAACAGGGCUGUAACUUAGCUCCAUGGUGCCACUGCUUCACAAGUGCAAAAUUCGGUUCCUGGUACUACUACUACUAAUAAUAAUAGUACUGAAAACUGCUUUCCUCCUUACCUCAUCACUCUGUUCACUGUAUAUUAUGGAGGCUCCAUAGGCUUUUAUUGCCAGUUUUUUACAGUUAGGAGCUGCUUGGGGCACCACAAUAUAAGCAGGAAUCCCUGGGAGAGGAAAAACAUGUUAAGAGAAUUUAGCAUAAAAACUUUUCAGUUUGCUUGUAAUCAGAUAGGGACUCCUUUAGAAAUUCCUGUAUCACCUUUCCUACUGAAAUCAAGGGUAAUUUUCUUUUUCCUGAUAAUUCUACCCAGUAACCUGAAAAAUUAAUCAAGUACCUUCCAAUUUGGCAGCAUAGGUGAGAGCCUGGCCAUGGUUUCCACUGCUAUGAGUAACAACAGCUUUGGGCUUCCCUUCUAAAGUGGCAGGAAUUAAUCCUCGGAUGGCAUUAAGGGCACCACGAAUCUGGAAAAGAGGGAUGGUGAACUCAUGUACACUCAUGCACUGCUUUGCAACAGGGGUAUGUUCUAAGAAAUGCAUCAUUAGGCAGUUUCCUUGUGUGAACAUCAUAGAGUAUACUUAACACAAACUUGCCUAUUUUAUGCUAAAAACCUGCACAGCAUGUUACUGUACUAAAGAGAAUACUGUAGGCAAUUAUAAUGGUUGGUACUUGUGUAUAUAAACAAA